AUGGAAACUAUCGAAACUAAUAAUAUUAUGCAACGUGCAUUAGCUAUUGUUUCACGUCGUAAACGAAUUUCAGCUACCAAUGCUCUUCAUUCACAAUUACGGCGAUGUUUAACAGUAUUCGAUUUAACUACGCUUGGCAUUGGCAGUACACUAGGUGCUGGAAUUUACAUAUUGGCGGGUACAGUUGCACGAGAUUUAGCUGGUCCUGGGGUUCUUUUAUCGUUCAUUAUUGCUGGCAUAGCUUCGUUACUUUCUGGCCUUUGUUAUGCUGAACUUGGUUCAAAAUAUCCGCGCGCUGGAUCAGCUUAUGUUUAUUCCUAUAUAGUCAUUGGUGAACUAGCAGCUUUUGUUACAGGUUGGAAUCUAAUUCUUGAGUAUGUUGUUGGAGCUGCUUCGGCAGCACGUGCCUGGACAAGUACCGUGGAUUCGAUGAUUGGUUUUCGUAUGAGUACUUUUUUUCAAAGCAAUUUUCCAUUUCCAUUUUCUAAUUCAAUGGGAAUGUUUGCAUCAUAUAUGGACAUUGGAGCAUUCGGAUUAACACUAAUCACAACCGUUCUAUUAGCUAUUGGAGUUAAAGAAUCAAGUCGUAUGAAUAAUUUCUGUACAACAAUAAAUUUAACUAGUGUAGCAAUCAUUGUUGUAAGCGGUCUUUUCAAGGCAGAUAUAAAUAAUUGGCAUAUACCCAUUAGUCAAAUUAGACAAAAUCAAUCGAUAAGUCUAGCUGGAUAUGGUGGUUUUUUACCUUAUUCAUUCUCAGGUGUAUUGUCGGGUGCAGCAACUUGUUUCUAUGCAUUUGUUGGAUUCGAUCUUGUUGCUACAACAGGCGAAGAAACAGAAAAUCCUCGACGAGCAAUACCAAUAAGUAUUUGUCUUGUACUAUUAGUUUGUUCUAUUGUUUAUUGUGCUGUCGCUGCUGUGUUAACAUUAAUGGUACCUUAUUAUUCAAUAAGAAUUGAUGCGUCCUUACCCGAUGCAUUCAAUCGUGUUGGACUUCCGCAUGUUAAAAUUGCAAUAACACUUGGUGCUAUUACUGGUCUCACAUCGAGUAUUAUAGGAUCAUUAUUUCCGUUGCCUCGUGUAUUAUAUUCUAUGGCAUCUGAUGGUCUUUUAUUUUCAAUAUUUGGUAAAGUAUCAAAUAGAUCUCAUACACCUAUAUAUUCAACACUUAUCGGCGGAAUUUUUGCAAGUUUAAUGGCAUUAAUAUUUGAUUUAUUAACAUUAGUUGAAAUGUUAAGUAUAGGAACAUUAAUUGCAUAUACACAGGUUGCUUUAGCUGUUUUGAUAUCACGUUAUGAAACAAUGGAAGACAAUAAUCAUGAUUUAAGUAAAAGUAUACUAUCGAUAAUAAGUAUUAUUUUAGCAUUAUGUUUUAUUUCAAUUUAUUCAUUUGAAAAAAGUGACUUUAUAAAUCCAAUAUCAAUAAUGAUUUUUUCAAUUCUAUUAUCUAUUUUAAUCUUGUUAAUAUAUAAAACAUUCUCUAAAAAAAAACAAAAUAUUUCCAAUGAAACCGAUAAUAUUUUUCUAACACCGUUGACACCUUGGUUGCCAAUAUUUAGUAUUUUUUGUAAUGUUUAUUUAAUGUUAAAGUUAAGUUUUGUAACAUGGAUACGUUUUAUUAUAUGGAUGAUUAUGGGAUUUUCAAUUUAUUUUUUCUAUGGAAUUCACCAAGCUGAAAAACUUAUUUUGCCUGUUUCUAUUUUUAUUUAA